AUGCACGCCAGGACCGACUCCGGGCAGACGAGCAUUGGUUCAUCGUCGCCGCGCAGCCAACCGUUGAGGCACACGCGUCGCCCGUCGCUCGACGGCAGCGUGGACAUGGAGACGUUACACGCCAACCCCGUCGUCAUCACCCGGUCACGCUCCGACCGACACUCCCACUCCAGGCAGUCGUCGUCCUCGUCCUCCAACUGGUUCUCCGGGUUGCUGAUGCCCGACUCCUGGAACAUGUCGCCCGCUGUUGGGACCCGAAGUGGCGACCGCCGCCGCCGCAGCAGCGAAGGCGACAAGGAACGGAACCAGGCCGCGAUGAUCGAGGAGGAACGCUUGCUCCGCGGCGUGGAAGAAAACGAGGGCGUCCCUUAUCGGUGCCACGUCCUCAGAUUCGUCCUCGCUUUCUUCGUCCUUCUCUCGUUCUUUGCUCUGGUUCUGUGGGGCGCCAGCCGCACACAGAAGCCUCGCAUCACCAUGAAGGUGAUCACUUCAUCCUCCUCGUCAUGCUUCUUCUCUCGAUUCGCGAUGGCUCUCUAA